CAUUUGAAAAUGAGAUCGCUCAGUGCUGUCGUUGUUUUGGUGCUCUGUGUGUGUGGUGGAGCUCUAGGUGUGCAAGUUAAGGUUGGAGACAAGAGUUUCCCCUUGGAGGCAGUGAAGCAGCUGAAGGAGCUGAUGGAUUUGGAUGACUACGUUAGCCCUCAACUCACUGAGACAAGUGUUGUAGCCGUUUGCGCCAACCCUCUCCUGCCGCAAGUCUUUCAGCCAGUUUGCCAAGGGAAAGGAAGAGGCUUUGUUCUCUCCAAACUAGUGUAUAUCAUCUCGCCUUCGGAUCCUUGUGAAAUAUGUGCCAACCCCUCCUGCUAUGGGUGUCUGAUCUGA